AUGUCGGAUAUUGUGGAACUAAGCUACAACAAACUACCUGAUGAAUUGAAAGAUUGCUUGCUAUAUUUUGCGGUGUUUUCAGAAGACUAUGAGAUCUCUGUUUGGAAAUUAAUCCGCUUGUGGAUUGCAGAAGGAUUAAUACAAGGGAAGAACUUGGAGGAAACUGUAGAGGAGUAUCUGAAAGAUUUAAUCAGCAGGAACUUAGUCAUGGUUAUUAAAAGGACUUCUGAAGAUGUUGUACCACCACUAUCUGAGAUUGACAAACCCCGCCGACUUUGUAUGCAUUCUGAUCUUGAGAUCUUCGCUCGGGAAGGAAUGAACAAAGUCGGUUCCAUACGUUCUCUUUUAUGCUUCUCCAAGAUUCCAAUGAAUUUUCCCGCAAAGUAUGCCCCGACUAUGGUUGAUGAAUUGGAUAUGCUCAGAGUUAUGGAAUCUGAGUUCAUCAAAUUGGGUGAGGUACCUAGAGGUGUUACCAGACUGUUUCACUUGAGGGCCCCUAACUUGAAGAGAUUAGGCAUUCAAGGAAACAUGGCCAUUCUGUUUGAAAAACAUUUCUUGGGAAGGCUUAAUCAACUUGAAAAGUUAAAGCUGGUGAAUACAUUUCAUGAUUCAGAAUCCCAACGAGCAAUGCGUUUUCCUGAGUUAAAAAGCUGGUUCCCAGCAAAACUCACGAUGCUGACUAUCGCGCGAACAAGUUUGGAUUGGAAGCAUAUGUCUACGUUGGAGAGGAUGGAAGCUCUACAAGUCCUCAAAUUGAAAGACAACGCAUUUACUGGAAUGUCAUGGGAGGCUGUUGGUGGAGGCUUCCACUCUCUCCAUUUCUUGUUCAAUGAAGAUACAAAGCUAUUAAUCUGGAAGGCCUCAUACGAUAGUUUUCCUAAACUUAGGUCUCUUGUGCUUAGAAAGUGCAAGGAACUUAAAGAAAUCCCUGACGGUGUGGUGGGAAGCCUAGAGAAGUUGGACAUAGAGCACCUAUCAGCAUCUGGUGUAGAGUUUGCCAAGAAAAUAGAUGAGAUGAAAAAUGCAAAUCAAGGGGAAAAGGGAGCAUCCAGGUUCAAGCUUACCAUAGGUACUGGAUGUUAA